UAUUGUUUUAAUGCCGAAAAUAAGGCGUUUACGAAGAUACAGAAACGUUAUCUUUUUGUAAUUAUUUAUAGAAAUUCCAUUAAUACCAACGUACCGAAACAAAAAGUACGCGAUAAAAGGCCAAAACCUUGAAGUUGAGGAUUUGUGCAGAUUUGUGCGUCAUUUCAUUUUUGACGCUCAGGGAGGAAGGUAUAGGUUAUAAACACUUAAGACCUUCGUUUGCCCCUUAUAGAAUAUCUAAAUAUUUUACAAAUAAUUAUAAAGCCUCAGUAAUGAACAUGGAUAGUAAUUAUGUUCAAAUCAAAGAUAUGCGUCCGGGUUUAAAAAAUAUAAAUGCCAUUUUUAUUGUGUUGGAGGUCGGUCACCCCACCCUUACGAAGGAAAACCGCGAAGUUCGAACGUUUAAAGUUGCGGACCAAAGUGCUUGUAUAAAUGCUAGUGUUUGGGACGAAGCAGGACAAUUACUAGUUCCUGGUGAUAUAGUAAAAUUAACCAAGGGAUAUGUGUCGAUGUGGAGGAACUGUUUAACUCUUUAUACGUCAAAGGGGGGUGAUUUGCAAAAGAUCGGUGAAUUUUGUAUGGUUUUUAACGAACAACUAAAUAUGAGUGAACCUAAUCAAAUGAUAGCGAUGACUUCAGCAAGUGGGGGGCCUAACAAUAUUCCUGUAAACAUUCCUUUAAAUAAUGGAACGAAUAAUGGAGCAGGAAGGAUAGGACCGUCAUCACUUCCACAAAGCACAACUGUAGCUCCUGUUACAACUGUUAUUCAUAAUAAUUCUACCCCAUCAGUUAAAACAACAAAUACAACUAGGGUAGCUACCAGCAUACAAGAUAGUCAAAAACGAUCAAGAGGUACUCGAGGAAGUCAACAUAGGAAUAAACACCCCAAAACCAAUUAGAUGUACAUUUCAAAGUGUUUUUGUAAAUAAAUUGUUUCUAAAAAAUCCUGUUUGAAGU